ACCAGAAAGUGUGGAGCUACUAAUUGGACUGAAUUUCAGUGGCAACAAAAGCCCUGGCUAGAAAAUUCCAGCCCUGGUUUUACAGGGCCUGCUUUGUUGCUGCAGUGUUUGUUCUCUACUGCUGUGUUAACAGUUAUCUUUUCGGUAUUGGCCUCUCCCCACCCUUCCACACUGUGCAUGAAAUGUUCCUCAGCACAAACCCGUCCAGAGCCUCUGUGGCACAGUGCAGGCGAUGUUCCGUUCUGCAUAGGACACCAUCCAGACACCAGGACCGGCCCAGCAGCUGCCUCCCAACCAUGUUCCCGCACAGCUUUGAUUACAACCAGCCGAUGAGAAAGCGCUGAGAGGAAGGAGACAUGAUGGGACAGCUCCCGGAGGAUGUGGUGGGUGGCUUCACCGCAGAGGAACUGGAAUGCAAGAUCUGCUACUGUGCUUACAGCCUGUCAAGUCGACGGCCCAAGGUUCUUGAGUGCUGCCAUUGUCUGUGUGCCAAGUGCCUAGCAAAAAUCCUUGAUUUAGGCGAAUCCUCUCCAAAUACAGUGGUAUGUCCGUUCUGCCGCUACAUCACGGACCUUCCCGGAGAAGUCGUAGAUAGUCUACCAGAUGAGUAUAACUUGGUGUCAGCGCUGCUGUCCUUCCAGGCACGGAAACACCAGAACCUGAAUGACACCCAAGGCGAGAUUCUCCUCAGUCCCAGACGCCUCAACUCGCUGGUGGGACACUCUGCUUCAGCUUCCCCCACCUCGAAUCGUUCCAAUUACGUGGUGAUCACCAUUAUGGAGCCUCGGCAGGAGUCUGUUAUUUCAGCCCCGGGUAGGGAUUACCGCUCUUCCAGUCUGGACUCCAUGGCCUCCAUUACCAAUAGAUGGACAGUGUGGAACUGUGCGGCCCUGUUGUGCCAGACCUCAGCGCGCAUCCUGGUCUGGCUACUGGGGCUGCUGUACUUCAGCUCACUGCCUCUAGGUGUCUACCUGCUAAUCAUGCAGCAUACCACAACGGGGGUGUUAAUGGUCAGUCUGGUACCUGUCAGUCUUCUCAUUGUCAUGGUGUACGGCCUUUGCCAGUGCCUCUGUCGUGAGUUUUGGGACUGUGUGCCACCAUAAUGACCAAAGCAAUAAGUGUAACUGUUAUAUUUGAUGACUGGAUGCGCUAAUGGUCCUGCCGGUUUGUGGAUUCUCCUGCUCAUGGAUAAACAAUGUAGGCUACAGUGAACUGAAAAUACAAACAAUAAAAGUGCACAGAUUUAAUUUAGUAUCAUACAAAUCAACAGUGUUGGGGAAAGUUACUUUUAAAAGUAAUGCAUUACAAUAUUGCGUUACUCCCUAAAAAAGUAACUAAUUGCGUUACUUAGUUACUUUUUAUGAAAAAUAAUGUGUUACAUUACUUUUGCGUUACUUUUUCAAAGACAUUGGUUGAUAAAGUGAGAUUAAAUACAUAAAGUAUAUUUGUGGAAUUUAAUAUAUCUAAUUAUUACAGGUUUGCAUAUAUAUCUCAUAUAUCAUAUAUAUCUAAUUAUUACAGGAUUGCAUUUCACUGUUUUUAUUCAUUUUGAGGAGCACUGAAUGUUUACGUGCAAGUGAGAUUAGUAAAUGCAAGUUUAUAUUUAGUCUAGAACUACAAUAACCAUCAUGUUCACACUGUGCACACAACACCUCUGCACUUUAUUUCUCUCAACAUGGGGAUAGAGCUGUCAGUCAAUGUGAAAAAGUAACUUGUGUUACUUAUUUGAAAAAGUAACUUAGAUUUUUUGUUGUAAAUUGAAAAAGCAAUGCGUUACUUUACUAGUUACUUGAAAAAGUAUCUGAUUACGUAACUCAAGUUACUUGUAAUGCAUUACCCCCAACACUGCAAAUCAAUGCCAUGUUAGAAUACUUAACUGGUAUUCACACCAACAAAAUGAUCCAUCAUAUGUCUGUAUAUGAUUGUUGAAUGUGCCUUUUACCUGGAGUGCCUGAAAUGGUCAGUUCAAUAACUGUAGGCUUACUAAUGUACAUUUUCUCUGUCUUAAUAAUUAACAUACAAUAACUUUUUUUUUUUUUUUUUAAGAUUUGCAAGUCAUUGGAUGUUUGCAAUGUAGUUUAUUAGUUUGACUUUGCCAUUUUUCACCUGAAACACAAAUGCAUGUGAAGCAUGAACAUGUCAGAACAUGUUUUAAAGAAACAUACAUGCAUAUGUUUUUACACUUUGUGACAAAUGUAUGAAUGAUUAUGAAACAUUAAUGUUGGAGAAUGCACUUUAUACAGUUUGUAUAAAGUAUUUUACAUCCCAGGUCAAAUGGUAAGACCAAGACAUCAGAUGCGGCUUUCAUUACAUGUGUGAUUUGUUGCAAAAACUGGAAAAUCAAAACAUCAAAUCAUGAUUCGUGAUAAAUUAUUACAUUCCACUUUUACACAUGCAAAUGUGAACAAUUGUUUGGGAAAGACUAUUAUUCACAUAUUUUGUAUAGAAAUAUAUAUAUUUUAUAUUAUUUUUGUAAAACUUUUGAUGCUGCCCCAACUAGAUUACAUGCACUGACCCUGUUAAACCACAAAUCUUUUGGACUGUAAAAAAAAUAAAUAAAAUAAAAUAAAAUACUUUAAUUGUUAAUUCAUGUUGCAUGGUCAAUGAUGUACUUUAUGUAAAAUAAAGAAGGACUAAUGUUUCAAUGAAAAUCAAAAUGGUGUGAGGUUAUGUGCGUGCGGCGGCACAUAAAUAAAUAGGCUAUGGCUAAAAAUGUAUACAUUCUUUAAUGGAAUUUUUAAAAAAGCAGUAAAAAUAUUUGAGGGUUAGAUUAAGGGGUAGGGGAUAUAAAAAUAUAAUUAACUCAAUGCAAGUCACUAAAAACUCUCCACUUGAAAAUUAAAAGAGGUAAGAGGGUCCUAAUCUGCACCACAACUGCAUCGUCUCAUGAUAUAAAAACGAAACCUUGUAAUUUGUAAG